UAUGGAAUAAUAAAUCACAUUAUCCAGCUGUUGGUAGAAGAGAAAUUUGGUCAAGAAUAUUGGAAUGAUGUAAAGAAUCGAGCUGGUGAUAUUCCCGAAACUUUUAUUAUGAAGCAAAACUACGACGACAAGAUCACCUAUGAUUUGGUUAGAGCUAUUAUGGAUAAAACAGGUAUGAGCAUCCAUCAAGUUUUUCAUGCAUUUGGUAACUUUUGGGUUGAAUGGACGGAACGCAGUAACUACAUUAUUAUGAUGCGAAUUAUUGGCCCUAAUCUGUAUGCCUUUCUUAACAAUUUGAAUGCUUUACAUGUUCACUUAAGUAUGACAUUUUCCAACAUGAUACCACCGGAAUUCUAUUGCGAGCGAACUGAUAAUCCUAAUAUCUAUCGCCUUCAUUAUCAUUCCAAUCGUAAACUACUACGUGGCGUGGCAUCCGGCAUUAUUGAACGAGCUGCUGAAGUAAUCUUUAAUCUCAAAUUGGAAAUUGAAUGUAUUUAUGAUGGCAUUGAUGAAGACAGGGAUACAUAUCGUAAUUAUGCUAUCUUAGAAAUUCGAGAGAUUGGUUUAGUCGAAGCUAACAAAUGCAUUCCUUCUUCAAUAUCGAAAGAAAAUCUUUCACUUUCCCCACAAUUUCUAGAUCGAAAUGACGAUAGUUCAGAAGAAUUUAUAACCGGUGAAAUUUUUUGCGAUACAUUUCCUUUCCAUAUCAUUUUCGAUGAUGAAAUGACAAUUCUGAGAACAGGUACUAGUUUAUCACGUAAAUUACGGCGACUGAGCAGCGUUAUCAAGCCAAAAGUAACCGAUCUAUUCCAAUGUUCUACUCCGCCCAUUCGAUUAAAUAAAUCGAACAUAAUGACAUAUAUCAACAACAAUUUUACCUUACAACUGAGAUCGGAUAUUACUGAUUAUUACCUAAACUUGAAAGGCCAAAUGAUCCGAUUAAAGCACGAACGCUUUCUUUUCAUUUGCUCACCUGUUGUCGAUCGUCUAGCUGAUCUUGAAAAGCGAGGUCUAUAUAUUAGCGAUUUCCCAAUUCAUGAUCAUUCACGUGAAUUAAUGUUACUCAAUGAGCAACGUGUGGCUGAAUUUCAUGUCCAUAAAAGAUUAGAAGAAACAACUGCAAUGUUGGAAAAGACUUCGACAGCUUUAGCUAAAGAAAAAAUUAAAACCGACAACUUGCUUCAUUCUAUGUUACCCCCUACGGUAGCUGAAAAAUUACGAGAAGGUCACGAAGUUGAAGCUGGUGAAUAUGAAUUUGUAACCGUUUUAUUUAGUGAUAUCGUCGGUUUUACCAGUAUCUGCAGUCGAUGUAAACCAAUUGAUGUGGUAGAAUUCUUGAACAAUCUCUAUACACGAUUUGAUCAAUUGACCAGCCACUACAAAGUAUAUAAGGUAGAGACUAUUGGCGAUGCCUAUAUGGUUGUCAGUGGUGUUCCAGAUGUAACUGAUGCACACGCUCAAAAUGCUAUCGACAUGGGUCUAGCCAUGAUUGAAAAAUCUGUUUAUGUUUGUUCACCGGCGGAUGGUAAACAAAUUCAGAUUCGAAUUGGUAUCCAUUCAGGACCAGUUGUAGCUGGCGUUGUUGGUCAUAAAAUGCCACGAUAUUGUCUUUUUGGCGAUACUGUUAAUACUGCCAGUAGAAUGGAAAGCCAUGGUGUUCCUGGCACGGUUCACAUUAGCAGUGCAACUUACGAGCUUGUUAAGGAGUCCGAUUAUAAGAUUCAAUUACGUGGAGAUAUCACUAUUAAGGGAAAAGGAAUUAUGAGAACCUAUUUUGUUCUCAGCGGUAAUCAGGUUGAAAUAAAAGAAGUUGAAACCGUUGUUAAUGAUACCUCAAAUAAUCAUCGUGGCCAAAUUCGUUCCCAGCAAUGGCUAAUUGUCGAAGAAGACACCAAUGAUGAUGAUACACAACCAUCACGUAAAUUAAAUCUUGAACGUAUAGCAUCGACGCAAUGCGAUGCUGGUGUUCAAGUCAAUCUUGAAGAUGAAAAUGGUUUAACUAUGAAUUCCAAAGCGCUAGAGGCAAAUCCUCCUAACAAUCAUGGUAGUAGAAAUAAUCGUCGUCGCACAAUUACUGGAAAGAACAAAGCAAGAUCAUCAAUGUGUUCGCUUCUGUGA